AUGGCCGUCAAAUCCUCCUCACCAAGAUAUCACGGACAUCAAUGUCUCCGACAAGAACGCGUCUUUUCUAAACAAUGGCUUAUCGAUAAUCAAAUGGGCAUUUGCCUCGUUUUGCUCGCCCCGUUGCUGUUUGCCCAAUGCAACGCCGUCACGCGUCCCUACACGGAGAAAUUCACAGCGCUGUCUUAUUUUGACUCUGAAACGCGUGAAUACGGUGUUGGAUUCAGUGACAAUUACUUGGUAGCAGUCCUCAUCCUUCUCCUGACCGGACUUCGCGAUGGGACAAUGCGCUUCAUCCUGGGGCCGGUUGCCUCAGCCUGGGGAUUGAGUAGAAACAAAUCGAUGCGGUUCAAAGAACAGGCUUGGUUGUUUAUCUACUACUCCACAUGUUGUUCUGUGGGCACAUACAUUUAUGCUACAUCUCCAUAUUGGCUGGAUCUCAAAGCCAUGUGGACAAAUUGGCCAAAUCGCGAGGUGUCGGGCCUGAUGAAAUCUUAUAUGCUAGCUCAGCUAGCCUUUUGGUUACAGCAGAUUAUCGUCGUUAACAUUGAGAAGCGCCGCAAGGAUUACUGGCAAAUGGUCUCCCACCACAUUGUUACCAUCGCUCUUGUAUACAGCUCCUAUCGGUACGGCCUCACCCGGGUUGGCAACGUGGUGCUCAUAUUGAUGGAUCUCAACGAUUUGAUAUUCUCCGUCGCCAAGUGUCUAAAGUACAUGGGACUCCAAACCUUGUGCGAUAUCAUGUUCGGUAUUUUCGUCGUCAGUUGGGUGCUUUGUCGGCACGUUGCAUUUGUCAUGGUUUGCUGGUCUGUCUACGCGCAUAGUUUGGCCAUCGCAGGUUCAACAUGCUAUACCGGCUCUGGAAAUACUAUUCUCGGUCCUGGACCUGUGCCACAAGAUGAAGGGUACUUCUACAUGCUUCAGCCACUGAUAUACGACUCUGGGAGGAUAUGCUACGACUACACCAUCAAGUCAUUAUUCCUCGCCGGUUUGUUGUUCUUGGAAGGUCUAAUGAUUUUCUGGCUUGUUAUGAUCAUCAAGCUGGUCGUCCGAGUUCUCCGUGGUGGAAAUGCAGAGGAUACGCGCAGCGAUGGCGAAGAGGAGGAUGAGGAACACGAAAUUACGGAACCCAUAGAAGUUGUUGUCGAUACCGACAAACUUCCAUAUCCACUGGGAUUAUCAUCCUCUGGAAGAGGUACAUCAUGUGUUUUCCAAACAGCAGGUGGAUUGACCAUUGCAAAGGAUAAGAAAGGCUACCUAGAUCGAAUCGGCUGCGAGCAGAGGAUAUCUCGAUGA